AUGGCGGCCUUGAAAGUGGACAAUGCCGCUAAAGAGAAGGAGCGUCGUUGCCGAGGAACUGAAAGGCCUGCUCGUAGAGCGGGAGCUACAAACAGUGUCGCUGACUCUGCGGUUUCUCUUCAGCGUUCAGCUCCUUUCCCUAUGACUUCACGUCAAGAUAUUGAAGUAGAGGCUGCUUUUCCUCCUGUAACCGUCAACUCUUCUCAAGCGGCUUUUGGUGCUGUUACGUCUACUGGAAAUGUGUGA